AUGAGGUAUCGAGCUGGGCAGAGGAUAUGGGAGACGACCUCGGCUAUACCCUUGAGCGAUGGCGAUCUUGAGGGCAAGCAGAAGGACUUGUCGCCUGCUGAGGAGCAGGAGAGCGGGCGAUUCGAUGUCAAGGCCAACGAGUCGAUUCUCUUUUUCGACAACUUGUUUCCGCUCAAGCUAACCCCGGUGCUGAGUCUGCUGAGUCGACGGACGGAGACGGACCAGCAGCUGACGGAUCUGCUCCAGCGGUUCAACAGCUCGUCUCUGGGCAUCAUGGAUCCGAUCCAGCUGGUCAAGAGGGCUAUACCGGGCAACUUGCCCAUCAAGGUGACGGAGAUUAUGCCGCGGCUCAAGGACGGAGGAGCGUUUGUCAAGUUUGAGUACGAUCCCAGUUUGAGUGCAUCCGAGAUUGAAGCCAAGCUUUUGAAGAAGUUGAGGGAAGAGCCGAUCAAGCCGUGGUUCAACCCCUUUGGUAGGAUUCGAGCUCGUCUUGUUCGAGGUGUCCCCUGGCUCGAGGAUUUGCACCGAUACCCGUCGACCCUGCUCAUGGUGGAAUUCGUUCCCCCUGAACCAGGCGCUUCUGCAGCGGAACUUCCCGAAGAAGUUCUCUACAGCCUGUUUCGCCGAUACGGAAAGAUUGCGGACAUCAUCCCCCAGCCGGCCGAUUCCAAAGUUACACCGAGAUAUGCCCAAAUCGGCUUCCCUGUGCUUCGUGAUGCCAUCAUGGCGCGGAAUUGCCUCCACGGCUUCGUCCUGGGCGAGGCUCAGGGAGGCGGCAAGACUGGCACCAAGUUGCGGCUUUCUUACGUGAAGCGUGAAAAGGGACACAGCAUCUGGAACUGGAUCACGUCGCAUCCUCGAAUCGUCAUUCCAAUUGUGGCUGCGCUCAUUGCGGGCGUCUCCGUCGUCAUUUUUGACCCCAUACGGCUCUUCUUCAUCAAGAUGCAUGUGCAGCACUCCCUGCGCUACACCGACUGGAGGAUAUAUAAGUGGUUCAAGUCGCAAACUGGGAGCUUCUCCUUUCACAAGACGCAGGAGCAUAUCGAAGGUCUCGGCACAAUAUGGAAGCAUCGCAAAGAUCUGAUUGAGCAGCUGCAGAGCUGGCUUGACGGCAGUUCGGAUACGUUCAUUGUCGUCACCGGCCCACGAGGAUCCGGAAAGGCAGAGAUGGUCAUGAGCCAAGCCCUGAGCGGACGCAAAAACGUCCUUCUCAUCGACUGUAAGCCAAUUACGGAGGCGAAUGGCGAGGCUCUUACCAUCAGGAGACUGGCGACGGCGGUUGGAUACCGGCCGGUCUUCUCUUGGGCCAACAGUAUCAGCAGCAUGGUGGAUCUGGCAAUCCAGGGCACGACGGGCGUCAAGUCUGGCUUCUCCGAGACUCUGGAAUCGCAGCUGAACAAGAUUCUGCACACCACUGCCACGGCUCUGAAGACUGUCGCUCUCUCUGAGCGGAGCAAGGCGGACAAGGAUGCAAACCUCUCUGAGGACGCGUACUUGGAGGCGCAUCCCGAGCGCCGGCCCGUCAUCGUCGUCGACAACUUCCUCCACAAGAGCGAGGACUCGAGCAUCGUGUAUGACAUGAUUGCCAAUUGGGCCGCUUCGAUUGUACAGAACAACGUGGCCCAUGUCGUAUUCCUCACCAGCGACUCCGCUUACUCAAAGUCUCUCACCAAGGCCAUGCCCGACAGGGUCUUCCGCACCCUGUCUCUGGGCGAUCUGGAUGCCGACAUUGCAAAGAAUUUUGUCAUUACGCGCUUGGAGGAGGAUUGGAAGCGUGAGGCGCAGGAGGAAGCAGAGCAAAGCGAUGAGAACAAGAAGCCCAUCCCACGACCGAACUUGGCAGGACUGGAUGAGGGCAUCAAGGUCCUCGGCGGCCGUCUGACGGAUCUCGAGUUUCUGGCACGGCGACUCAGGGCGGGACAGACGCCUCGGGAGGCAGUUGAGGAAAUCGUCUCUGAGGACGCCACUGACAUUGUCAAGAUGUAUCUGCUUGGGCGGACCGCCGACGCGGACAGGAAGUGGUCGACCGAGCAGGCCUGGCAUCUGAUCAAGGCCCUUUCCCAGAGCCCAACCCUGCGGUACCACCAGGUCCUUCUCUCGCCAACUUUUGCCUCGUCACUGUCAUCCAACGCGACAAACGGCGAGGCGGCUCUCGAGAGCCUGGCCGGUGCGGAGCUCAUCACCGUCGGGACGCACCAGGGCCGGCCCCAGACGAUUACGGCCGGCAAGCCGCUGCACCAGGCGGCGUUUGGGGUGCUCGUCAAGGACCGGGUGCUGCGCGCAAAGAUGGACCUGGCGGUCCUCAACGAGAUGGCCAAGGUGGAGGCCAAGAACAUUGAUGCCGUGGAGAAGGAGCUGCAGCUGCUGGGCGGGCUGCCGCGGCACACGGGAGAGUCGGCGGGCAGAGUCAUGUACUUGCUGGGGAAGCUGGAUGCGGGACAGAGGAAGAUUGCGCAGCUGGAGAGGGAGAUGGGUGGGUUGAAGAAGAUCCUGAAUGAGGAGUUUUGA